UCAUGUUUGUGUAACGUUACUUUUGCUCAUCCUUACUACGAGCAUGUCUCAGGAUUCCUGGGAGACCUAUGAAGACUCGGAAGAGUACUAUGAAUACGAAGAACCCAUCAAUCUGGAAGAAGCAAAAAAAUAUUUUUGUUCUCAAAUCGUUCAAGGAUUUAAAGAUUGCUUGAGAACUUAUUAUGAGAAGCAGCUUCCUUAUUAUGAUUCAUGUUACGAAAAAAUCGGUCUUAAAUCCAAAAAUUUCCUGGACGCUGUUGACGAAGCUUGUCUACCAGAAACGCCAGUAGAUGUUGGGAAAAAGUUUCAAGCUUGCAAAAUUGAAAUUCAGAUGGCAAUAAGAAAUCAGAAGGUUUCAUUAGGAACUGGUAUUGCUAUGGAUGAUGAAGCUACUGUUUUUAAGUAUUUAGUAUAUUGCCUUCCAGUUCGUGAACAUCUUUUAGAUGAAGGUUGGUUGCAGUAUUUUCUCGCAGGGCCUGUACCAUUAUGAAGGGAAUUAAACGAGCUCUCUUUUAAAAAAAAGAUGUUAAAAUGAUGUUUCUCAGUGUUCGAUGACUUGGUUAAUCUCUGUCCAAAAAUAUGAGAUAUAUUUCAAAAUUAUC